GGAAAAGUAUUGGAGGACGUGGUCACAAAAUUAGUGACUAUUUUGAAUAUCAAGGUGGAAACGGCUCCAGUCCUGUAAGAGGCAUAUCUCCUGCAAUCCGUUCUCCUCAAAAUUCACAUUCCACCCCUUCUUCUGUUCAACAGAAUAGUCCUUCUCCUACUGCAUUAGCUUUUGGGGACCACCCUGUUACACAGCCAAAACAGUUAUCAUUUAAAAUCACUCAGACUGAGCUCACGAUGCUGAAAUUAGCUGCACUGGAAAGUAAUAAAAAUCAAGAUUUGGAAAAGAAAGAAGGUCGUAUAGACGAUUUGCUCAGGGCUAACUGUGAUCUUAGAAGACAAAUAGAUGAACAACAAAAGCUACUUGAAAAAUAUAAAGAGAGGUUAAAUAAAUGCAUUUCAAUGAGCAAGAAACUUCUGAUUGAAAAGAGCACACAAGAAAAGCUGGCAAGCAGAGAGAAGAGUAUGCAAGACAGACUACGCCUCGGGCAUUUUACAACAGUUCGACAUGGUGCUUCAUUUACUGAACAGUGGACAGAUGGCUUUGCAUUUCAAAAUCUUGUGAAGCAACAAGAAUGGGUGAAUCAACAAAGGGAAGAUAUCGAAAGGCAAAGAAAGCUCCUAGCCAAACGAAAACCUCCUUCUACAAAUAAUUCUCAAGCACCAUCUGCCAAUUCGGAACCGAAACAGAGGAAAAAUAAAGCUGUAAAUGGGGCAGAAAAUGAUCCCUUUCUUAGACCCAGUUUACCACAGCUGUUGACUCUAGCAGAAUACCAUGAACAGGAAGAAAUUUUUAAACUUAGACUAGGACAUCUUAAAAAGGAAGAAGCUGAAAUACAAGCAGAACUUGAACGUUUGGAAAGAGUUAGAAAUCUUCAUAUACGAGAACUCAAAAGAAUAAAUAAUGAAGAUAAUUCACAGUUCAAAGAUCAUCCUACAUUAAAUGAACGGUAUUUGUUACUUCAUUUACUUGGUCGGGGUGGCUUCAGUGAAGUAUAUAAGGCUUUUGAUCUUUAUGAACAAAGAUACGCUGCUGUGAAGAUCCACCAACUCAACAAAAGCUGGAGAGAUGAGAAGAAAGAAAACUACCACAAACAUGCCUGCAGAGAGUAUAGAAUACACAAAGAGCUGGAUCAUCCCAGGAUAGUUAAACUCUAUGACUACUUCUCCCUGGAUACAGAUACGUUUUGUACAGUGUUGGAGUACUGUGAAGGCAAUGACUUGGAUUUCUAUCUCAAACAACAUAAACUGAUGUCAGAGAAGGAAGCUAGGUCAAUUGUAAUGCAAAUAGUAAAUGCACUACGGUAUCUCAAUGAGAUCAAGCCCCCUAUUAUACACUAUGAUCUUAAACCAGGCAACAUCCUUCUGGUAGAUGGAACAGCAUGUGGAGAAAUAAAAAUCACUGAUUUUGGUCUCUCCAAAAUAAUGGAUGAUGACAGCUAUGGUGUGGAUGGAAUGGACUUAACUUCACAAGGGGCAGGAACUUAUUGGUACUUGCCUCCAGAGUGUUUUGUAGUUGGCAAAGAGCCACCAAAGAUUUCAAACAAGGUUGAUGUAUGGUCAGUUGGAGUCAUUUUUUUCCAGUGUCUUUAUGGUAGAAAGCCAUUUGGUCAUAACCAAUCACAACAAGAUAUCUUGCAAGAAAAUACAAUAUUAAAAGCUACAGAAGUCCAGUUCCCAGUUAAACCUGUUGUAAGCAAUGAAGCCAAGGCCUUUAUCCGACGCUGUUUAGCAUACCGCAAAGAGGAUCGAUUUGAUGUCCACCAGCUGGCUAAUGAUCCUUAUCUUCUCCCUCACAUGAGAAGAUCAAAUUCUUCAGGAAACUUGCAUAUGACUGGCUUGGCAGCAUCUCCUACAACACCUACUUCAAGCAUUAUUUCAUACUGAAAUGUCUCCAAGUGAAGACUGGCAUGAUAUCUUUGUAGUUUCCAAAUGCAGACUAGUUUGUGAGCAUUUGCGUGUUUUUACACAGGACAAGUUUGAUUACUGUGUUUUCAGAUUGAGGUCCUUCUGCUUAGUGUCAUUUGUACGAUGGGAAUGGAUCAUGGACUGUGAUUAAAUUUACCCUUCUGACUGUAACCUUUAAACAUUGAAGAAUGACACUGCUUCUUGCACACAAAACGAUGUGCUGUGUUUAAGAGUAAAGAAAAAGGUUUGGGUGUUUUGGGAGGAACACUGUAAAUAAUCUUUUUAAUACUUAUAAAGUACAUUUGGUUGAUACUGGAGAGUUCUACCAUGAAGGGCAGUUUUUCAUUAUUUAAACAAGAAAAGUAAUGGACAAAUUUGAACACAGGAAAGGUUCAGUGUCUGAACAUAGAAAAAAAACCUACUUCCGAAAGGGUUAAAACCAAAGUAAGAAGUGAGCAUCACUGCUGUAUUCUCUAUUAAGCUUUUCAGAUACAGUUACAGUUUUUUUGUUUGGCUAUUUGGUCUUAUUAAAGACUAUAAUUCAAAACCCAUGUGUUCUUGUUUCACUAAGAUUUGAAGAUUGAUGCAUAACUUCUGAUACAUUGUCCCUCAAAUAGCUACUUUUGAACACACCUGAAUUCUUUAAACUUACUAUAUUUGUCACAAGUUUUGACAAUGCUGCCACUUUUCAGGUCUUUGAUAAAAGUAAAUGAUAGCAUAUAUCCAAAUGCAGACAGGUUAUGUAUAAUGUUCUAUGCAGGAUAAUGAGGAAUUCCCUUCUAAUGCUAUUGUAAAUUGUUGUACAGAGGUCAUAUUUUCAGUUAUUAAAUUUCAGCAACUUAUUCCUGUACAAAUGUUUAAAGUAUGGCUUUUCUAAUUGGAUAUUGUAUUUUUUUUAAGUCUCCUUGAAGGCGCUUUUAAUUGCUGCUAAAUGAUGUUGCUUUUACUUUUGCAAAAGAAUCAAAUGACCUCCUUAAAGUGCAAGUCAACUGUACGCUACAGAGAGAGUAAAAGUAGAUAAUUCAUUAACAAUCAAGGCAUGUAAAAGAAAUCUGUGCUGGACGUAUACAGUACAGUUCUUUGAGUCAGUUUCUUGUGCUCUCAACCUGUAGAGCACGUUGAUACUAGAUGUAGAAGUUGUUCAUAAUUAUUUUCUGUUCCUCGAAGUUCCUAUCAGCAAGGAAAUGUUUCUUGUGGCUUGUACAGAUAUUUUAAAAUGUGAAACAUUUUCUAACUGCCUUGUAUGGUAGAGACUUAUUUUUCAGAAUUCUUUAUCUCUCUUACGUACAUUAUUCCUUUUACUGUUCACAUUCAUGAUGCUGAAUACCUAAAUGUCAUUUUGUCCAUGUUGCAGAAAAAGGAGGCUGUAUUACCACAGGUUUUCAUUUAAUAUUGUACAGUUAAACUGUGGCUCUUGUUUUUGAUGUUGCAAGCCAUUUUGUUUUCAUUGUACAUAAAGAUACAUUGACUGUCUCUUUAAGAUGCUGCUGAAAUUGUAGAGAAUGUAGCCAAAACAGUAAUAAACAAUGACAGUUGAAAUUUCAA